CCAACAUCUUAUUAUUUUCCACUUUCAACAAUACUGCUAAAAAGGGUACAUACAAUUUUCUUGUUUGGUUUCCAUUUUCAUGUAUGUGAUUCAUUGUCAAGUGUAGAGUUGUAUGUUUUUAUAGUAAAAAUGGUAGAGGAGGAAAGAUAUAUAGACUUGAAUUGAAUUACCAAUUUACCCAUUUGUUUAUUUAGUCAUGGAAAAAGAAAAGCUUUUGAGACAUUUGGGGUGUUGAUAUUGAAUGCCAACUGUUUGAUUUUUUGUCAAUUCAAAUUUUUUGAUAAGUAAUAAGGAACAAAACAGUGAAACAAGAUAAAAAAAGAAGACUGUCAAGAUUGAAACUUACCUAGCUGAUGUGGUCCUCUUUUCUAAACCUUUUCUUUGAACUGUCUUAUUUUGUACUUACUUAGUCUUGUGGAGGGAACAUUAACCAUUCUUGUAUAAAACAAUCAGUUGGGAGUUCACCCAACCCUACCAAAAAAAAAAAAAGAAGAAAAAAUCCACCAAGUAACUAGGAAAGAGCCAAACAAGUUAUACAUAAGAAACCAAAAGAUCCCCCAUGCCUUACAAUUUCUCCUUCUAACUUGACCAAAAAAAAAAGAAUCCCAUCAUGAGCUAUUCUCUUCUUCUGUGUUUUCUCUACUUCAUUAUGCUUAUGAUUAUAUUCUGCAAUCAUGGGACACAUUCUGGCAGUACAAUGUCAUUACUAGAAGAAAGUUCUUUGCAUUCAUUUCUUGAUGAUAACAACCAGACAACAGCAAAGAAAUUUGAGCAGGCCCACUCAAACCAUAGAAAGCUUUUGGUUCAGGGUAGUUGUACAAGCAGAGACAUAAGCAUAUCUCAGAGCAGAGAUACAACACCUGGAAUCCCACAAUUCAUAGUACAAAUAGUCAACACUUGUGUUUGUGGAUGUGCUCCUUCAAAUAUUCAUCUCCAUUGUGGUUGGUUUGCCUCAGCAAGAAUAAUUAGCCCAAUGAUGUUCAAGAGGCUCUCCUAUGAUGAUUGCUUAGUUAAUGGUGGAAAGCCUUUGAAAAACAGCCAGAUUAUCAGAUUCACUUACUCUAACUCUUUCAUGUACCCUCUUUCAUUAAGGUCUGUCAAGCUUUGCUGAGUUAAAAUUUCCCACAAAUUCAACAGAUGAGUGAAUAAAAUCCCAAGUUUUGAGAAUCAUUGUCAUCUUCUUCCUUUGCCAAUGGUGUGAUAUAUUUUCAUCUACCUAUUUUCUGUGAUUAUGUUGUAAAUUUUCUCUUUGACCUUUGACUCUAUAGGUCAAAGAGAUAUAAGUUCCAUUUUCUUUAUUUUGUCUUGAGUUAGAAACUGUGGUGAACAAAAUUGUCAGUAACAUUAGAUUUGGAAAAUGUCAUGUUAUGACCAUGCACAUGCAAAAUUGAUGAUUUUAAAUUUUUUUUGAUAAGAAAGAUCCAUAACUUUCAAUGACACCUUUUGAAUUUUGGUUUUAUUUAUUAACCAUUUAUUUACAAUUGACAAUUAUAUGCAGCAAGUUUCUGAUUUUCCUUUCAAUGUGAGGACAUUGAAAAAGGUAUCAUAUUUUACAACCAACUAUACAAAAGUUCCUAUAAACAGAAAUCAAAAAGAAAAAACUAACAAAAAUUCAAGCAUUAUCUUCCUCUUGGAUUGACAAGCUGUGAAAAAACUGGAAUAGUGUGUAAAUCAUUAGUUAUCUGGGCAGCUGGGCUCUCUUUAUUCACCUCUUCCUCAAUGUUUAUUAUAGAAGAAUCACUAUUACUCACAUUUCUUUCUACAAAAGCUCUUGCAGCCUCAGGAUUUAUAUUCAAUUGAAGUGCAUACUCAAGGUUCCAUAGAACAUCACCCAUUGAAGGACGAUCCACACUAUGAUCACUCAAACACUUCUCAGCUGUCUCAGCAAACUUCUUGAAACACUCGAUGUUCAUCGAGCCUUUAAGAUUUGGAUCGACGAUUUCUUCUAAAGUUCCUCUCUUUUGGCAGUACAUAACCCAAUCUGCAAGAUUGACUUGUUCCUUUGGCAAACUAUCAUCAAGAGCUGGCCUGGCACAUAACACUUCAAAAAGAACAACACCAAAGGAGUAAACAUCUGAUUUUUCGGUUAUUUUUUGCCUGCGAAAGUAUUCAGGAUCCAAAUAUCCAAAGCUACCUUUGACCACUGUACUAAUGUGAGUAUUAUUGAUACUAAGACCUUGUUUUGAUAACCCAAAAUCAGAAACUUUUGCUUCCCAAUUUUCAUCCAACAAAAUGUUUGUAGUCUUUACAUCUCUAUGAAUGAUAGUGUAAUUGACACCAGUAUGAAGGUAAUGCAAUCCUUUUGCUGCACCAAUACAAAUCUCCAACCUCUUUUGCCAUGGUAAUGGAGGAUUUUCACUCUUAAACAAGUGUUCCCUUAGAGUCCCAUUAGACAUGUAAUCAUAAACAAGAAUCAUCUCACCUGCUUCAGCACAAAAACCAAUCAAGGAAACUAAAUGCUUGUGCCUCAGCUUUGAAAGCAAUUCGAUUUCGGUUUGGAACUCCAUGAAUCCUUGUGAAGAAGUUGGAUUUGAUCUUUUAAUUGCAACUUUGAUCACUCCAUCUAUAGUCCCUUUAUAAACUUUUCCAAAUCCUCCAACCCCAAUAACUCGUGACUCAUCAAAAUUCUUUGAACCUUGUCUAAUCUCAGCAAGCGAAAAGUGUCUACAAAGACUUGCUAGAUUAGAAAGAGGGCUGCUAUUAUUAGUACUCUUACUGGUGAAAGUUGAUGAGUACGAACUUCCAUAGAUUGGCAGCCAAUUAGCAGGUCCAGAAUCCAUUCUUUUAUCUUUUGUUCUCUUAUGGUGGUACACAAGAAAGCAUACAGAUGAAACAACGGCGAAACCAGCAGCAGCACCAGCAACACCACCAGCAAUACCGCCAAUAGCCUCGUAGCGUAAUCCCAAUGGAGGUGAAUUGGUGUCAACCUCUACCUCAUCCUCUUGGCGCAUCUCAGAAGGCACUGGAUUAGGCCCUGCUAAGUUCCCAUGUGUGUCAUUUACCUUGAAAAUCUCUAAGCCAUUAAGAAUUGCAUCCAGAUUUUCGGGUUUUGAUGACACAGUUGGAUGCAGGGCAACCCAUAAUUUUGCACAACCAAUUCUGCUGUCAUUGACAUAAAUAGCAUAAUCUCUAUACACAGGAACUCCUCUUGAUCCAGCCCAAGCAAUCACAUCCACAGAAGGUUGAGCUGUUUGGUUGUUGAGAAAUAUAUCAAAUACUCUCUCAUUGAUCUUUGUUUGCUCAAUCUCACAGAAAUGGAACCUAACAACAUAGGUGAAAUAUGCAUCAACUUCAAAAGUCCAAGUGAGAUUGUAGUUUUGAUUUGUUUCUGAACUAUUUCCCAUUGUUCUAGCUGAUCUAUACACACUCCUUGGAGCAAUGUACUCAGGCAUAUUAGGUGGAUAAUCAAUACUAAGGCUCUUACCAGCUUCUGAGGUUAUUCCAUAGGCUGAUCCAAACAUGUAAGGUGAAUCAUCAUACCAUGUACGGCUAAGACCUGAGUCACUUGUUGUUGGAAUGUACUGUCCACCAACAUUAAGCCUAUACAUAGUUUGAACCAACGAAGACCGAACAUCGAUUGUUUGGCCUUGUUCGGAUCCAACCAGGUUUGCAGGCUCAAAUAUGUCUGGCAUGGGAAUUACCUCAAUUCCAUUGACAAAAGCAAAUGAGCCAUUUUUCUGUGGAGAGGGUUUGAAGCUGAUUGAGAGGUUGCCAUUAAGGACAGGAAGAAAUGAGAACUCUUUGAUUAUAUAGGCUUGUGUUAAAGCUUCAGCUGUAAUUGAGGCACUGAAAUUGUUGAGGAGAGUAAAACCAUUUGCAAUGACAGAGAAAAAUGCAUCAUUUGGAUUGAGAUCAUUGUAAGAAGAUGGAUAGAAAUGAAGCCUUAUCCAGAGGCGUUUCUUCGGUUGAACGUUGAAGUUGUACGCGGCUUCUGAGGUGAAAAUUCUUGCUGUCAUGUAAGGAACUUGAGAUGGUAGAGAAGGGUCUUGGUGCAUUGCUGUACCGUUUAUUGAAACACCCGAAGGUGUUACCAAUUUUGAAUCCGGUAUCCAUUUUCUACCAUUAAUAUCUGUGCUUUCGAUCUGAGCUCCACACGAAAGGACAUAAGAUUCGGACACCACAGACGAUUCUGAUUCCAAGUUUUUGGUUUCAACAAAUGCCAAAGAUAAGAAGAAGAGGAAGAACACAACACAAUAUAUGGUAUUGGUAUUGGAGUUCAUAUCUAAAAGGGAAGAAAACAGAGGAAAACAGAGAAAAACAGAGAAAGAAGAAGGGAAAAUGUUUCUCUAUUUCUUUUAUUAACUAAAAAAUGAACAAUGGAAAUGGAUUUUCCAUCCAAGGUCUCAGUUAGAGAUAUUGAAUCCAUUUGGAAUCAUCUGAAACAGAAGACAGAACAAUAAUCACAAGGGAUAAUAAUGGUUUCAUAUCUAAAGAAAAAAAGCAGAGGAAAACAGAGAAGAAAAGGAAGGAAAACAAAGAUUUUUCCAUGUAGAAUAAUAAUUGAAUUAAGAAUAUUGGGUACAUUUUGAAUAAUUAUCUGUAACAGAAGGUAGGAUUGCAGAGGAUGAAGAU